AACGUCUGAUGUUCGUCAGCCGAUAUGACAUCCAUCCCCUCGCAGCUCUGUUGCGCAGACCAUCCCGCAUCACUUCUGUCUCUUAGAAACGGGGCAUGGUGCAGCAACCAAAAUGACUUCCAACGAAGAUGUCAUGAUGGCAACAUCACCCCGCGAGCUUACUCAGAAUCCGCUGAAGAAAAUAUGGAUGCCAUGUAAAAACGGGCUGCCUGAAAAGCACAUUUCACAGAGAAGGGUAUGUAUGACCAACUGUCCCACCCUUAUUGUGACGGUUGGCCUCCCAGCCAGAGGUAAGACCUACAUCUCCAAGAAGCUGACCCGCUAUCUCAACUGGAUUGGUGUGCCAACCAAAGAGUUCAACGUGGGUCAGUACAGGAGAGAGUGUGUGAAGAUCUACAAGUCCUUUGAGUUUUUCCGUCCAGACAAUGAAGAGGGGCUGAAGAUCAGGAGGCAGUGUGCACUGACAGCGCUGAAUGAUGUGCGCCAGUACCUGAGUGUGGAGGCGGGCCAGGUGGCGGUGUUUGAUGCCACGAACACCACACGGCAGAGGAGAGGGACCAUCACCAGGUUUGCAGAACAGAACGGCUUUAAGGUGUUCUUUGUGGAGUCUGUGUGUGAAGACCCUGAUGUCAUUGCGGAGAACAUAGUGCAAGUGAAGCUGGGUAGUCCUGACUACAUAGACUGUAAUACAGAAGAGGUCGUUGAGGAUUUCAUGAAGAGGAUCAAGUGCUAUGAGAACUCUUACCAGCCACUGGAUGAGGUUCUAGACAGGGAUUUGUCCUACAUCAAGAUAAUGGAUGUGGGCCGGAGGUACCUGGUGAACCAGGUCCAGGACCACAUACAGAGCCGGAUCGUCUACUACCUGAUGAACAUCCACAUCACACCACGCUCCAUCUACCUGUGUCGCCAUGGAGAGAGUGACCACAACGUCAAGGGACGCAUCGGAGGAGACUCUGGCCUGUCUGGCAGGGGCAAGGAGUUUGCAAAGUGUCUGGAGAAGUUCAUCCAAGAGCAGAACAUUAAGGAUCUGAAGGUGUGGACCAGCCAGAUGAAGAGGACCAUCCAGACAGCUGAGGCUGUGGCUGUGCCCUACGAGCAGUGGAAGGCUCUCAACGAGAUAGAUGCUGGAGUGUGUGAGGAGAUGAUGUAUGAGGAGAUUCAGGGACAUUUCCCUCAGGAGUUUGCACUGAGAGACCAGGACAAAUACCGCUACCGCUACCCUAAAGGAGAGUCCUAUGAGGACCUGGUGCAGCGUCUGGAGCCAGUCAUCAUGGAGCUGGAAAGACAGGAGAACGUCCUGGUCAUCUGUCACCAGGCUGUCAUGCGCUGCCUGCUCGCUUACUUUCUGGAUAAGAGCGCAGAGGAGCUGCCUUACCUGAAGUGCCCUUUGCACACUGUACUGAAGCUGACACCUGUGGCUUAUGGCUGUAAAGUAGAGUCUGUCUUUUUGAACGUGGAAGCUGUGAACACCCACAGGGACAGGCCAGAGAAUGUAGACACUUCACGGAUGCCGGAGGAAGCCCUGUUCACAGUCCCCGCCCACCAGUGAUUAGGGACAGUUCCCAAGACUACAGAGUGACAUCACUCACCAUGGCCACUUCCUCUACUCAAUCAGCAAUCAAUCCAAAUUUCUCUUUUAAUUUGUUCCUUGCAGUGGGAUUGGAAAAAAAACGUAUCCGGAUUGGACAUAUUCCUCGUUCAGGUUCACCUCAUCUUUCUCUUUUCUUCUGUGCAAUGAAAGUCUAGACAACUGGAAUCCAGUUCAAUGGUGAUUUGCCCCACUAUCGGGGUAUGUGUGAGAGUGUGUGCAUGUGAGUGUGUUUUGUAUGUGUGUGAGUGUAUAUGAUCAAGAUAAGGACAAUCUGAUUUGAAACCUAUUUUAAAUACAGGACAUAUGGCUUUUCAUCAAAUUGUAGAGUUGAGCUUUUCUGAAAUCGUGUCUGUCACAGGCAGCCCAAUUCUGAUCUUUUUCUACUAAUUGGUCUUUUUACCAAUCAGAUUAACUCUUUUUUUCACAAUAAUUUGGCAAAAGAUCAGAGUUGGGCUGCCUGUGCAAACACAGUCAAAGAACCAUAUGUUGACAUUGUACAUUGCUUGUUCUUAGUAUUUUAGUGUUUGUCCACCCCAUUUAAAAAAUAAUAAUAAUGUAUUUGUUGAAUUUCCUAUUAAACUAACUAUUGCAUUACAAGUUUGAGGCUGUGAUAUGCAGACUCUAAAGCGGGGACACGAAUUGUAGCUAGUAAUUUUUAUGUCUGGUAUAAAAUCAGGCUGUUCCUAUAAAGGCAGUUUUGCGUAUCUAUCAUUUUCAAUUAAAUUAAUCUUCAUCUAGUUAAAAUCUAAAGAGAUUGACAAGUUUGUUUCCACGUUGCAUCAGUGAUAUGCUAUAUCUAGAAUGUUUUUAUCUAUUGUUCAAUGUCUACUAAUGAAGGAUACUUUAUCUAAAAUGCUGCUGUAGUUCAGUAGCACAGGAAUAGUUGUUGCUAUCAUAACAAAUCAAUUGAAAUGACUUCUAAUGCCUGUGUAAACGCAUAUAUUUGUAAUGAUCACCAUAAUCAGUUGUCUGUAAUGCGUUGAAUGUCAUUAAAUCGCUCACUGGUAUUAUAUAGUUUUAAGCAUUUUCAGCAUGUCUUGUUUGUCAAAGUGUCAAGAAUAUGAUUCUGUCAAUGUAAAUAUCUACAUCAUCCAAAUGUAAUAAAUAUUUUGAGUCUC